UGACGAAAUGUAGGCACAUUGACCCUGAAUGUUUACUUAUGGAAUUACGUUUUUACACUAGGUUCUCCUCUUAUUCUUAUUGGUUCCCUAGGUUAUUUUUGUUCGGCAUCGAAGCAUUAGUUUUGGUGGAUGAUGUACUGCUGUUGAUGAGGACGAUGACCAUAACCCCUUGUUCUGUCCUACAGCGAAUUCAUGAAUCCAUUUGAAAAGCGUGAUAAAAUUCCGCGUACGCCCCCCGGACAGUCUUUGUUCGAUUGCUCCUCCAUCCCUUUUGCUCCCUCCGCUGCCAACGGUAAUUGUUCCCUAUAUGAUGAGCCAGGCAUGCGCAGCUAUUGCGCGUCUGCCGACCUGACUCACUACACAUUGCUCUUUGAUCGUGGCAAAAUGAGUAGUCGUCCCACUUUGCCCCUCCAUCUCCAGUUGCGCAGUCAGUUACUACCAUUUACCUCCUCUCCUUUGCGUUCUGCUGCUUCGCAACUGUCGUGCGCAGUUGUCCUCACACGAUCCCCCGGUGAUUCAUUUAGACCAAACAAGGAAGAGGAGAAGGAAAAUCAAAAUCCUUCCGCUUUAUCUGAGCAGAGCAUCAGUGGCGUGCUCCUUAAACAUCCCCACCUAGAUUCCAUCAGUUCCAAGUGCAGUUAUUUCGCUUCCAGUUUGGAAUCCUCGUCCAAUCCUUCCAUCGAAGUCGCUCCGUCGACUAUCAGGCGCUUGCGUUCGCGAGUUAUUACUGCACCUGCGAUACACACCUCUGAGCAUGCCUCAGAUCAUCGGGACAGGAUUGAACUUGGCGUCGUAUCUGGCACCAGUAAGGUGCGUCGAAAGCGGCAAGCAAAACGGGUCCAUCCUGAUGCCAAUGUAAUACCUCAGAAGUCAUCGGUUUCAGAAUCCUCGAUUUCCAUCCAAGGAGAGGAAGAGGUCCCCGCUACUGUGGUAGCUAAGCCAAAAACUCGCCAAAAUAGCAAUAGCAGUUCCUUUAUUGGUGAACCUCCAGCCCUUCCACCUGCUCCGGUGCAAACAGUUAUACGCAGAGUGGCUGGGCGAUCGAGGCGCCGUGUCUUGAAAGACCAUUCACCUCUGAGUUCCACAGCAUUUCCAACUGUUCUUCCUGAAAUAUCUGCCAAUGAAACUAUGCAGUCUAGACAGGGUAAAUACAGACGAACUAUUUUAGAACCAUCGGAGUUCCUGAUCCAGGAUGUGGAGCCUAUUGCUGCUCGUCUUCGUCGGCGCACUUCUCGCAUAUCUUACUUUGAGCCUCAGCUGAGUCAACUCGUCCGCAGUCAUCGGAAGCGGUAAUCGGAUUCAGUGCCAUCACAUUGUUCGCUCUUCAACUUGCUUGUCCUUUAUUUUCUCUGGUCGAUGUAUGUAUAAUAGGUGCCCGUAAAGUCAGGACACUUGAUUAUCGAAUUUUUUUCGUUCAAUUAGAAUGAAAUACAAAACUCAAGUUAUUA